ACAUUCUAAAACAAAUAGGCAUCAAUCUUGGACACACUAAUCAGAGAGCCUGAGCUUGCCUCACUAAGGCUAAGCGACAAUGAAGGAUUUCCCAAAAGAUCUAUCUCGAACCUCGACUUUCAGAGCAAAAGAACAGCGAUCAAACCUUUAAGGUCAAUUAUUUCUGGCUUCAAGAAGGUCAAACUUGCUAAGGAGAUAACUAUUUGCUCUAAAAAGCCAAGCUUGCUCAACAGAGGCAAGAGACUUAGAGGGACAAGUGUAAUGGAACACCUUCAGAAUAACUUCAUUCUCCCCAAUAUUCUCAAGGAAAAGCAAAAGGAUCUUUUAAGGCAAAGUCCCGAAGAUCACUAUUAAUAUCCAGAAGAAGGUCAGAUUUGAAGGAAUCGAUACUGAGAAGGCUCUCGGGCAUCAACAUUUUACCCCAAAGCAUCCACUUACCACCAAGAAUUCAAAUCACCGCACUAUUUUGAUUCCUGAAAGAAGCUGCUCUUCUAAGAAAAGCAGGGUUAUGCAAGACCAAUUCACUUCAGGUAGAAAAGAUACAAGAAGGCUUCCGUUCAGGGUCUUAUCACAACAGCGUGGAUAUUGUCCAUCUACACCAGGAAGCCACACUACCAAGAGUUUUCCACUCUUCCGUAGAGAUUAAUAAUGCUAAUCCAGUCUAAAGUAUUUUGAUUCUAAUUUCCAAAUAAAAUUCUAUCAAAAUUGUAGUCAGAACCAUAAUUUCUUCAUGCUAAAAACCCCUUUUUGAGGUUCAAAGCUGUAAAAGGGUUAACUAGAAUGAACCAGGGGCUAAAAGUAUCCAUAAUUUCCUCCAAAAACAUUAAAUUGUAAAAUUCGGUAGCAUUUAUCCCCUGAUGCUCAUGAAGAUUCAAAAUUGAAGCGGCAGGCAAACUAAUCCAUGACCUAUAAGACUUCUUAAAGGCUUGCUUUUAUUUAAGCAUCUUGGACUCUCAUGGUCAGAGCUUCUAGAUUGGCAUUGAAAUACUUAAGUUAUUUUGCAUAUUUUG